AUGCAGUUCCGUUAUCUCGCUCAGUCGCCGCGCCUUGAUGAUGAUGAUCUUGAGCGUAUCUCAAGCGCAUUGCAGGAGUUCCAUGCACACAAGGACGCGAUUAUUGACGCUGGGCUGGAACUUAUGCAGAGCGUUGUUUCCAGUAUCCGCACCUCUGGCGUCACAGCACAGUGGUCCGCAGAUAUCACUGAACAUGCUCAUAUCACCGAAGUCAAAGAUCCCGCAAGGUCUAGCAAUAACAGAGAAUACGAUCCUCAGAUAUGUCGACACCUGGACCGCGCGGAAAAGUGUCGUCGGUUCGAGCUCGCCACGAGCCUUUUAGAUCUUGAGCAGAGUCACAGCGCUGAGGUGCCAGAGGAUGUAGACCCUGAUGGUGAUGACCCCAGCAUCGAUAAUGACAUUGACGCGCAUGAUGUUCCCCCCGAACUGUCUACAUCACAGCAACCUCGUCCAGUCACGAACUAUUUUGUCAUGGCUAGGGCUCUCCAGUACAAGACAGAGGGUUCAGUGCCUGUUCCGUUGCGUUCAUUUAGCUUUGCACGCACCGCCUUUCAUCUUGGGUAUCAUCCGUCCAUCAGGAAUAUCACCGUCGAUGAAGCCGCCAUCAAAUUUGGCUUACCCGACCUGCGACCGGCCAUUGCUGACUUCCUCCAGCGUGAGGCGACUCAUGGAUAUCAGCAUGUUCACGCGAUAGGUGGCCCAAGGAGAUCUGGACCUACAGCUGCCCUUCCUUUCAACACAAUCCAAGUCUGGUUUAAAAUACGCUUACAAGAGACAGACUUGCACGAUGAUCAGAUCAUCAAACCCGCACAGACACUCAAUUGCGCUCCACCCAAUGGCCUCUGGACCUUGGGUCGUUAUGACACAGCUAUUGUGGUGACAAACGCAGGUUAUUCAUGGCCUAGUAGCCGUCUCUCAGGUCACACUGUCGCUCAGAUCAGGCUUAUCAUGCGGCCUAUUUAUAAGAGUGGCACGCAAUGGCCAUGGAAAGAUCAAUUUCUCACCUAUGUUCAACGUUUCGACUUACUGAGUGAUCGUGAUCCCAUUAUGCAACUGCACCUGCUCAAGCGAGCAAAAUGUUCGAAUGGAAAUCGGAUGGGGGAUGUCAUACCCGUCUCUCAACUGCGGGCGCCUGUCAAUCUGAUCCCUCGGUUUGGAGCCGCUGCAGAUAAGCGCCUCACUGCAUAUAAUAGCAUGGAACAUGCCGCGGAGUUUUGGUUGAACGAGUUUUGGGAAAAAAGUAAAUUCUUCGCCCUUUCAGCAUAG